AUGAAAUUACAAAUACUUCCAGUGUUAGCCUUAAGCUUGACACCGUUGGCGGUGUCUUCAUUGGCUGUACCCCCGACAGAUUUUUCCUUUGAGGGGCUUGCUGAGUUCAAGAGUAUGAUAAACUUAAGAGAUCAUGAAAUGAUGUUAAGUGAUUUGAGUCAAAUGGUUCAAAAAAGAGAUAUGGAGCUGUCGAUUGAGUCGAUUCUUAAUUUGGUAAAUAGGUCAGGUAUCAUUUACGAUAUCUUGGACCAGAUUGCAUAUGAUCCAAAGAGAAUUGAAUUUGUUGCGAAUAUCACAGGCAGACUUGUGGGCGAUUAUAAUUCUUCCUCUUUUAGUUCACUUCUACAAGAAGAUGCAUUCAAUUAUACGCUGAUUUAUGAAAAGGUUAUGGAUUCUGGAGUUGUGACUAGUUUGUUGGAUGGAAUAUUGUUAGAUGAAAGCUACAGACCAACACUUGUGAAAUUGGUGUCCCGUAUUCUUGAAGGGAACGAAAAUCUCAUCUUAUAUGUUGUCAAAGAUGUUUUCAAAAAAUCGAAGAGAGACAACUUAGAGAAGAGAAGUACAGGAAGCUUGGAAACAUUUUUGGGAAAUAUAUUGUCAACCAUAUUCAGUUCCAAACUAGUUUCAGGUAUUGCCGACGAUACACUUGUUGCAUUGAACAACACUCAAUUUCUAACAUACAAUGCGAAGAAGCUUAUUGCCAACGAAGCCUACCAAAAUAUGACAGCACAGCUUGCAAUUGACCUAAUCCGAAAUGGACAAAUUAAGCUUGAUUCUCAAGCUUUGAAUGUCACAAGUAUUGCCAGCAGAAUUCUUUCUCGCCCGGAUAUCGUAUUGAAAAUCGCAUCGAACCUUCUUUCCGGUAACAUGGACACUAGUUCAAUGGGCAAAUAUGCUGGUGCUAUUCGAAGCAUCAUUCAAGAGACCGAGAAAAAUGGGGUGUUUGAAAAGCUCAACAAUUAUGUGUUUUCAGAGACACACACUGUGAGCAAACCAUUAAUACCAACAGGAAACAUAGUUGUGCCCAGAAAAACAUCCACAAGGCUGGCCUCCAGCACCAGAAACUCAUCUUCAAUAACCAAAACUUCAAGCAGGACUCAAAGUGAGUCAAGUUUGGAUUCUGCUGCAGAAGUUGCUUCAAUUCUUUCAUUGCUUGGGGCUACUACUACUCGAAGCGAGCAAUCUACCACAACAGAAGCAGCUGAGUCAUCAGCAACUUCGGGUUUCGAUCUUAGCAAAUUUUUAGAGCAAUUAUCAUCUGAAGAUGUCUCCUCGUCUAGAAGUACAUUAACCUCCACUAAAGCUGAAUCCAGUGAGGCGACAAACAAUCUUAUUGGCUUGCUUUCAUUGCUAGGGAAUACUAAUGGCAACAACAACAAGAGGCAGGCUGUUACAUCCAAUUCUACUCAAAGCUCUACUGUUUUGGUUUCUCUGAAGUCUAGCUCCAAUGCCGCUAAUUCGCAUGGCCUAGGCACAAAAUUGCUAAUCUAUACUCAAGCUGUAAUCGUGGGCAGUCUUCUCUGCCUAUAG